AUGUCUGACGAAGAAGUAGCGAACAAAAGGAAAAGAGAGACCGAGAUUAAUGAGGAGCAAGAAGAAGACGACGUAGACAUAGGGCCAGCCCUGCCUACUGCUAAUGAUCUUCCAAAAAAGAAAAAGCGAGUUUUGCAACACGAGAAAUUGUACUUGGAACGCAUUCCAUCGGCCGAUAUGUAUGAGAGGAGCUAUAUGCAUCGCGAUGUCCUGAAUUAUAUAGCUGUCACAAGGACCGAUUUUAUAAUCACGACCUCAAUAGAUGGUCAUUUAAAAUUCUGGAAAAAAAAUGAUCAUGGAAUCGAAUUUGUCAAACAUUUCAGAUCACAUAUGGGCGCCAUCACUGGCAUCAGCGUUUCUGCAGACGGUUUGCUUCUCGCGACAAUAGCGACUGACAAGGCACUUAAAGUAUAUGAUGUUAUCAACUUUGAUAUGAUAAACAUGAUGAAGUUAGAAUACAUACCUAAUAGCGUUUGUUGGAUACAUAAGCGUGGAAAAGCACAAUCUUUAGUUGCAUGUUCGGAUCAUGAAUCUGGGAGUAUUUAUAUAUAUGAUGGCCGAGGUGAUGGCAAGCCGUUGCAUACGAUAACAAAAAUGCAUUCAGAUCCUGUUCACUUGAUGGUGUACAAUGAGCUAUAUAAUUGCGUGGUUUCAGCUGAUUCAUCUGGGAUGGUGGAGUAUUGGAAACCUGAAGAACCUUUCGAUUUGCCAAAGACAGUUUCAUUUGAGUAUAAAUCUGAUACCGAUCUAUACGAAUUUAAAAAAGCUAAAACUAUUCCAACUUCUUUGACAUUUUCCCCAGAUUAUAAACAAUUUGUUACAAUGAGUACUGGCGAUCGUCAAGUACGAGUGUUUAAGUUUGGAAAUGGGAAAAUGAUCCGAAAGUACGAUGAGUCCUUGACAGUUAUGGUUGAAAUGCAACAGGCAGGUACAACCAUAUAUAAACUAGACGAUAUGGAAUUUGGACGUCGUCUUGCUGUUGAACGCGAACUCGAAAAAACGCAUCAGGCAAGGACAAUGGAUGCAGUGUUCGAUGAAAGCGGUAACUUCAUCAUUUAUCCCACCAUGUUGGGCAUCAAAGUCUCAAACAAAGUGGCAAGGUUAAUUGGGAAAACAGAACCACAUCGUUUUCUAAAUAUGGCCUUGUAUCAAGGAGCACCAAAGAAAAAAGCAUUCGUUACAUUGGCAAUGGCUGCGUCCGAUAAUCCCUUGAUGAAAGAAAGUGAAUCAACAGAUCCAACAUUGUUUUGCACGGCCUUCAAGAGAAAUCGAUUUUUCAUGUUCACAACGCGUGAACCUGAUGCGCACGAUUCGCAUAAGGGAGACCGAGACGUUUAUAACGAGAAACCGUCACGAGAGGAGCAAACAGUUGCAUCCGCAACACCUACUAAGCAAAAAUUGGGGAAUACGGCGAUAUUACGUACAACUUUGGGAGAUAUUCAUAUAAGAUUGUUCCCUGAAUACGCUCCAAAAGCUGUUGAAAAUUUUGUCACUCACUCGAAAAAUGGAUAUUAUAAUAACGUGAUAUUUCACCGUGUUAUCAAAGGCUUCAUGAUUCAAACGGGAGAUCCGUUAGGUGAUGGAACCGGUGGAGAAUCGAUUUGGGGUAACGAAUUUGAAGAUGAAUUUAAUAAAGAUCUUAAACACGACCGGCCGUAUACAGUGAGUAUGGCCAAUGCGGGACUUAAUACAAACGGAUCUCAGUUCUUUAUAACGGUGGUUCAAACGCCUUGGCUUAAUAAUAAGCAUACGAUAUUUGGAAGAGCCACAGCAGGAAUGGACGUAAUUCAUACAAUAGAAAACGUCAAGACGGAUAAAAUGGACAAACCAUAUGAGGAUGUGAAAAUUAUCAACAUUGAAAUUCGUUGA